UGCUGCAGCGUGCAUUACAGGGAAGAGAGAACAGAGAGAGAUGAACCAAGACAGCUCCAUCCCCAUUCACACAUACAAGUCACUGGUGUGGAGUUGAACAUCCCUGCAUGUGUGAACCAGCCCAAAGGUUGUUUUUAGGCUUUUUGAUAAGCCACUAGCAGUUUUAGAGAGACUGGAGGAAGACUUCUCCUUGGCCUUUGAUGCAGAGGUGACAACUUUGAUUUGGAUCAGCUGUACAGUUGAGGCUCCUGUUUCAAGACUUAUUGUCAAGCAAGUAGAGUUGGCUUCACUUACCUAUACUCUCCAGCCUCUCUCUUCUCUGACAGCCAUUUCCUUGGAACAAGCUCUGGAAUUUUCCAUAGUAUUUAGAUAACUGAAUUGGAGAUUCCUGGAAAGCAGACGCUUGAGAGUGAAUCUUACAUCAUCAAUAGCUGAAAGAAUCAUCCUUAAUUUUUCUGCUUUGUUUGUUUGUUUUUGGCCUUUGGAAAGACAGCAGCCUUGUCAUCACCCUGGCUGGUUCCAGCCCAGAAUGGCUUUGUGCCUUAAGCAAGUUUUUAACAAAGACAAAACAUUUCGUCCCCGGAAGAAAUUUGAGCCAGGAACCCAGCGCUUUGAACUGUACAAGAAAGCCCAAGCCUCUCUGAAAUCAGGACUAGACCUGAAGGCUGUGGUCCAGUUGCCCCCAGGGGAGAACAUCAAUGACUGGAUUGCCGUGCACCUUGUGGACUUCUUCAACAGAAUAAAUCUCAUCUAUGGGACCAUGUCAGAAUUCUGUACUGAGAAAAGCUGUCCCAUCAUGUCAGGUGGGCUCAAGUAUGAGUACCGGUGGCAGGAUGACUACCGAUAUAAGAGGCCUACCAAGCUGUCAGCGCCCCAGUAUAUGUGCAUGUUGAUGGACUGGAUUGAGACACUAAUUAACAACGAGGACAUCUUUCCUACCAGGAUAGGUGUUCCUUUCCCUAAGAACUUCCAGCAGGUCUGCACCAAGAUCCUCACACGCCUCUUCAGAGUCUUUGUCCAUGUCUACAUCCAUCAUUUUGACAGCAUCAUCAGUAUGGGUGCUGAAGCUCACGUCAACACCUGCUACAAGCACUUUUACUACUUCAUCAGCGAGUUUAGUUUGGUUGACCAAAGGGAAUUAGAGCCUCUGAAAGAAAUGACAGAAAGGAUUUGCCAUUAAGAUCAUUUGGUGAGCUUUGCAGAGUCAUCAUUUGAAAGGAUACACUGUCCGGAUGAUGGCCUCAUGUGAUAAUCUGAUGGACUACUGCUGGGAAUUUGAGGGGCUUCUUGUUCCGGGGACUGAAUCCCACAACUAUGGAAACAUUUGGAAAUAGUGGACCCCAAUAUGUCCAGUAGUCAUAUGGACUCCAGUAACAUUACUUCAUUGUCUCUUACUAUCUGCCUUAGGUGCUAUAGCUGCAUAUCAUAUUGGAUUUGCUUCAUUCUGCUGAGACCCACCUCCUCCCAAACUGUUUCACACCUUAAUGAUGCACAAAGGGGAAAAUAAUCUGAGAAUUUCCUCACAGAGACCAGAAGACAAAUGACAAAAGUAUUCCAAACAGAAGCCUGUCACCAUCCCUCUUAGUCUGUCAAAGCACAAAAAGUUCAUGAGGAAUACUGCCUUGUACUACACGGAAAAAAUGGUUGACCAUCCCCCAUGUUCAAAAAAGAUGUUCCGAGCUACUGAAUGUUUAUAUAGAUGGCAGAAAAUGGUUUCACCUGGAAAGCCAGAGAGGCUGGGAAGAUACUAGACCAUUGGGAAUACUGGAUUAGAACAGCAUUUUUUCCAAUAAGAGAUCGUUCAUAGAGAAUAACAGAAAUAUUUGAACUGGGAGGGAUCAAACAACCAUUCAGUCCAGUUUUUCCUCAACUCACAGAGUAUCUUCACAACAGCCCAGACAUCAAUCUUUGAAAUCCAGCAGUAUAUGAAAAAUAGAAAACAGGUGCAUUCCAGUAAGGUGCCAGCAGAAUACUUAUCUUCAGAUUACUCAAGUAAAUGAGCCAAGAUGCGCUGAGGGGAAUACAGUUAUGGAUCACGAAGCAAGCAGCUCUUGUGAUUUUGAGAAACUUUGAUGUAUUUUUUAAUUUCAUUAUAGAAAAUACAAGCUGCCUUAGAAUGAGCCAGAUGAAUGGUUCAUCUAGCCUAGUACUGUCUAUGCUUGCAGGCAGUGACUUUCUAGGCUGAGUCUUACACAGAAAGGUUUUUCUCAGUACAACUAUUAAAGAGACUUUGGCUGCAGACAUACUUGCAGUUAUACUGGCUUCAUUGCUUCUUCACCUCUGUUUUUUUAAAUCUGGGUACAUAUGACAUUUGUCAUGCUCCACUCGUUUUUACUCCAAAAUCUGGGAUUUUUCAGACCAGAUGCAUUUUCCCUUCAAGCCAGCUUCACACUGACUUGAAAACUGUUUGAUCUAGCAACCCGUUGCAACUCCAAGGUGUGUCCAAUGAAAACACUUUACAGUGGGUGGUCCUAAAAGCUCAGACAUUAGCAGUGGGGCUGGGUGUAUUCCAUCAAACAAUAAAAUUGUGUAUAGUCAGGUGCAGAUUCGUUUCAGAUUGCAACCAGACAAAAUGGUCUCACUGCUUUUUAAGCAACUAGUGUGCACGUAGCCUCUGGCUGCAAUACUGAACACGCUUUCUAGAAGACAACCCUGCCCCCCCAAACACAGUGGGACUUACUUCUGCAUAAACAUAUAUAGGGUUGUGCUAUGUAACCAGAGGUGCCAAGAACUGUACCUGGGAUUUUCCUACAUUCAAACUGUGUGAUCUUCCACUGAGCCAUGACCCCUCCCCAUAAAUCCUAGUGAUAAUUUCUUCAUUGACUGUUAACUGCUACUCUCUUUUUUUUAGAAGGGUGGUAGUGAUCUUUCUUUUCUUGUAAAAGGGAUCUGAGCCACAUACACAAAUAAGAUUUAUUUGGUUAAGAUUUUGUACUUUCUACAUCAGUAUUUAUAUCUUGUGUUGUCCUGCUUUUUCUGCCAGUGAAGUUUAAAUAUUAAAAUUGCACAGAUUUUUGGA